AGACUCUUUGGUCAUCCAUCAUACAAAUCAUUUCUUCAUAAACACUGCUUUUGCAUCUCCAAGGACAAAGUUUACGUGUGAAAGGUUUGGUAAAACCUUCCUCAAGCUCUCAGUCUCUCUGGCAAAAGCUUUUCUCUCUGGAACGAAUGGGUCAACCUCGAUUUCUAGCACUCUACAUCACAGUUUGCAUUGUUGCAUUUGUAAUCGGAAAGAUUGUCAUAGCUGUGCUCAUCUAUCGACGCUGGCAAAGGAAGAAUCUGGUUAUACAAGACAGUUCCUAUGGGGGGAAGUUGGUGAUGUUCAGAUCAUCAAGGAUGAAGUCUUUGAAAUCUAAUAAAUUGUUGAAAAGAACAAUGAAAUUGAGCAACAAAGAUAAAAUCGGGGCUGGAGGAUAUGGGACGGUUUACAGAUUGAAGAUAGAUGACUCUACAUCCUUUGCUGUCAAGAGGCUUAACAGAGGAAGUGCAGAACAAGAUCGUGGUUUUGAAAGAGAGUUGGAGGCGAUGGGAGAUAUAAAGCACAGGAACAUUGUGGUUCUUCAUGGAUAUUAUACGGCUCCUCAUUACAAUCUCCUUAUCUAUGAGCUAAUGCCUAACGGAAGUUUGGAUACAUUGCUUCAUGGAAGAUCUCCAGAGAAGGUUCUUGACUGGCCUUCAAGAUACAAAAUAGCAGUAGGUGCUGCAAGGGGAUUGGCUUAUCUUCAUCAUGAUUGUAUCCCUCACAUAAUUCACAGAGAUAUUAAGUCGAGCAACAUUUUAUUGGACGAAAAUAUGGAGGCACAAGUUUCUGAUUUUGGAUUAGCAACAUUGAUGGAACCAGACAAGACUCAUGUAUCAACAGUAGUUGCUGGAACCUUUGGUUACUUGGCUCCUGAAUAUUUUGACACUGGAAGGGCAACUGUGAAAGGAGAUGUUUACAGCUAUGGUGUUGUUCUACUUGAACUUUUAACAGGGAAAAGGCCGAAUGAUGAAACUUUCAUUGAGGAAGGCACUAGACUAGUAACAUGGGUAAAAGUCGUAGUUCAAGAGAAGAGGGAAGAGUAUGUGAUUGAUAGUGUCAUAAAAAUUUAUCCAUCUGAAGAAGUUAGUGCUGUAUUCAAUAUUGCAUUAAUGUGUCUAGAGUCGGAUCCAACCAGGAGACCAACCAUGGCAGAGGUUGUCAAGAUGCUUGAGCGUAUUAAACCACAAUUGCAAACAGAAUCUUGAAUUUUGCUUGAUAAGUUCUCUUGACACACAAAUAUUUUUCGGUUCCUAGUUGAGUAGAGGAUUCAACAAAAAACCACAA